CAGCAGGCUGGCUCACCUGGAUGGUUCGGUCUGUCAUCUCGCUGAUUGAGGAAUGCGUGUUUUUUUUUCGUUUUCAUUUCCCCGCCUUCAGUAAACGGAGCUCCCUGCUCGUGCUGGAGUCAGAGGCUCUGUCAGUCGCGCUGUGGUUUGACUCUCUGCGCGUGUGUGUCUGAGUGUGUGUGUGCACGCACGUGUGCGCUGCCCCCAUGGCGGAGGGCCGGCGGAACGCGGGGGUCCCCUGCCAUGACGGGGCGUCCUCUUGCCUCCCGCAGGUGCUCUCCCUGUCCGGACUCAGGAUGUUCCGCAAGAAGAGGAAGAGGAAGAGGCCUGAGAUCUCCGCGCCCCGGGACUUCCAGCACCGCGUCCACACCUCCUUCGACGCCGGGCAGGGGCGCUUCGUGGGCCUGCCCACCCAGUGGCAGGGCAUCAUCGAGAACCUCCGGCGCCCCAAGCCAGUGGUGGACCCCUCCAGAAUCACCCCCGUGGAGCUGAUUCCAAAGAAGACCAUUGUGCGUGGAAGCUUCGAGGGGCAUGGGGCGUACAUCUCUCAGGUGAUCUCUGACCUCAGCCGCCUCUCGGUGUCGAGCUCCAACUCCCUGCGGAGGACCAGCCCCUCGGAGCGGAAGAGGGCGUCGUCCCUGAGCCGGCUUGGGGAGGUCCAGGAGGAUGAGGGGGGGGCCGGGGCGCACCACACACGUGGGGAGAGUGAGAGCCCCGGCCAGGGCCCAGAGAGGAGUGCCACGCCCCAGCCUGAUGGAAUGCCGUCUUCGUGGUCCGCCCAUGAGAGCAGCACCCUCACCUCCCCGAAUGGGCCUUUGCCCCCUGUUGGGGGUGUGGAGUCAUCACACCCUCGGAAGGAGCGGGCAGACCCUGCAAAUAGGCCCAGGCAGAGGGCUGGCGUGGAGCUGAGGGGCAGGGCUUCAGAGUCAGUCCCACCCAAUCAGCAGCCCCCGUCCUGCUUUGACACUUCACUGACUCCCAUGCAGCAGUCGCAGGUUGACCCAAGGGUCCACCCAACAGAACUUCACAUGAAAGACACCCUCCCAACUUCUCCCAACUUCCAGAACAGCCCUGGUGGACCCUACUCCUCAUUCAACCUGAAGACAGACUCUGCUCAGAGGCACCAGGCCAGCUUCCUGCCCAACGGCACCAGCGAUCCCCUCGUGGGCCGUAUCAGAACUUACAAAGCGGUGCGGGCCAGUCCUGGCUACCCUGUUGGCCUGUCCCCGAACCUCAACCCACCGCUGAGCGGGAACAAGUCCGCCCUUCCGGCUCAGAACAGCCCAGGCCAACCCCGCCCCUCCCCCACAGGCUCGCCCUCCUCCGACCCCCCCGGGCCCUGCUCCCCCUCCCCAGAGCCCGCCCCGGACCCGCCCAGAGUGACCCACGAGCAGUUCAAGGCCGCCCUGGAGCUGGUGGUGGACAGGGGUGACCCCCGGUCCUACCUGGAGAACUUUGUGAAGAUCGGGGAGGGCUCGACAGGUGUGGUGUGCAUCGCCCGCGAGAAGCACAGCGGCCGGCAGGUGGCCGUGAAGAUGAUGGACCUCCGCAGGCAGCAGCGGCGCGAGCUGCUCUUUAACGAGGUGGUGAUAAUGAGGGAUUACCAGCACAAGAACGUGGUGGAAAUGUACAAAAGCGCCCUGGUAGACGAGGAGCUUUGGGUUAUCAUGGAGUACCUACAGGGCGGCGCUCUAACCAACAUUUUAUCUGAAACCAGGCUGAACGAGGAGCAGAUCGCCACGGUGACCGAGGCCGUGCUGCAGGCCCUGGCCUACCUCCACGCACAGGGCGUCAUUCAUAGGGACAUCAAGAGUGACUCCAUCCUGCUCACUCUGGACGGGAGGGUCAAGCUGUCAGACUUUGGGUUCUGUGCCCAAAUCAGCAAGGACGUGCCCAAGAGGAAGUCUCUGGUUGGGACCCCCUACUGGAUGGCACCAGAGGUCAUCUCCAAAAUGCCCUAUGGCACUGAGGUGGAUAUGUGGUCUCUGGGCAUCAUGGUGGUGGAGAUGGUGGAUGGAGAGCCUCCGUACUUCAGCGACACCCCAGUGACAGCCAUGAAGAGGCUGAGGGAUCAGCCGCCGCCCACCGUGCGGAACACACACAAGAUCUCCCCGGUGCUGAAAGACUUCCUGGACCGCAUGUUGACCCGAGAACCCCUGGAACGUGCCACCGCCCCAGGCCUCCUAGAGCACCCCUUCCUCCUGCAAGCAGGAUCUCCACGCUGCCUGGUGCCCCUGGUGGAGCAGUACCGCAAGCGCAUGUCCCGGUGCUGACCUACUGGCUGCCACGCCCCUGGCUGCUCCACCCUCGGUGGGCCUGGGCUCUAAGGGUGGGGUCCAUUGCACACAGACACAUUGCCACCCCACCCCACCUACCAAAAUCAGCAUCACUGGACCAGAGGGGUAGAAGCUUCUUGACCAUAGGCACUUGUGGACACAACAGACACAAAACUUCAAGGGAAUGGCAGAAGGUAUUCUAAUUUGUUUCAAUGGGGGCAAUGCAAUGGACACCCCCCACCUUUCUCCAUGCGAAAGGAUCCCAGGUCACUCUGAAGGGACUCUACGGACUAUCUGUUCACACAUCAGAUGAUGUGGAUCCAAAAUGGCUGUGGAGAGAUUGUAGUGGAUAUGAGGAACUAGGGGCCAAUAGAGUGUUUGGGGGCUUUUUGUGAAUCUGCUGUGAAAACCAGCCAUUCUGGCUCCAGUAAGUCACUGAAGAGCAGGUCACCAGGAUCACUUGGUGUUUGAUUAAAAUGCAUUUUAAAUUUUACUGCAGCCGCUAGGCUGGUGUGUGUGAUACAGACAAGGCUGGUGAUGAGGUGGUAACAAUAGAUUUUCACUCACUGGAUGAUGUUGGCAGUUUCUCAGUGCAUCAGUGUAAAUAGUUUCUUUUGUACAUGUUCGAAUUUUAUGCCUUUUAAGAAAAACCCCUUGAUGUCUGAGGGAUGUUGCACAGUAUUUUUGUAAGAUGUAAAACUGUGAAUGUAACCUCAGUCGGCUGUACAUAUUACCUGAUACUGAGGCAUGCAGUGCUU